AUGGUGACUUUGCCCGUGACUAUGGCGGGGUGCCGUCCUGGGCCUGGGCCUGGGCCUGGGGGUCCGGGGGAUGGCCUGGAGAGUGAGCAGGCGCUCCAGGCUCAGGCGCCCGCUGGGAGGAGGUCUCGCAGGCAGCGUGUCCGGGAGCGCCUCUCCGCUUUGACCAUGUGGCUGACAGUGAAGACCGAGCCGUCGAAUUCCGGUGGCACGGCCGAAUCUGCAACGCCCCAGGCCCCUCCCUCUCCGGCCUCCCCAGCCUCGGCGCGCGCGUCCUUAGAGACUCCACCGGCAUCUCCCACAUCGGACCCGGAGGCGCUUUGGCAGGAUCUUUGGGAAUCCAUCAGUGCCAGUGGCUUCCGAGAUGAGCGCAGUGCCAUGUCCCAUGCAUGUGAGAUGUGGCGGCGUCCUUCAAAGAAGAGCUUUUGGUCCAGAUUCGCCCGAGCUGGCCCCUCUCAGGCACAGCAUAGGGACUGGGAGAGAGUGAGCAUGGCUGUGCGUGCUGGAGUCCCGCAAGCGUUGCGAUGUGCUGUUUGGACCACCUGCAGCGGUGCUACCGGGAAGAAGACCAAAGUGGCUUCCGAGCUGGGCCAAGAAGCGGACGUGCUGUAUCCGUCCUUCGUAUCGCAAGGCUUGAGCUUGCGAAACGAAGCUUCGGGUGUCAUCGAUGUCGACGUCCCGCGGACAGGCUGUGUAGAAGCACUGCUGGAACCCUUGCGCCGGGUUUUGCUGGCCUUUGCUGCAAAGAACCCCCAAAUAGGGUACUGCCAGUCCAUGAACUUCAUUGUGGCGACCCUUCUCGAGUGCUGCGACGAGGAGAGCGCCUUUUGGAUUCUCUGCAGCCUUGUGGAGGACAUGCUCCCGGAGAAUUAUUACACACGGAACAUGAUUGGUGUUCGUGUUGAUAUGAUGGUGCUCAACUCUUUGGUGAUGCGCCACCUCCCAACUCUACACGCGCACUUCGUUGAGCAUGAAGUCGACCUUUCGCCCUUCACAAUGGGCUGGUUCCUGUGUUUGUAUGUGAACACAGUACCGAAUCCCAGCCUGCACCGGGUGCUGGAUUGUCUACUCCACGAGGGCUCGAAGGUCCUCUUCCGAACUGCCCUUGCCAUCCUUCAUGGCUUGGAACCUUUCUUACUGAAUGCAAAGAGCUUGGCAAAAGUCUACGAGCUCUUGCGAUGCCCAUCGUGCCCGGAGGCGGAGCUGCUAAACACCAUGUACGGAUCCUGGCUGAACUGUCUCUCUAUGGAUUCCGUGGUUGACCUUCGGAGCCAGCACCUGAAGGACGUUCUCGAGCAGGAUGCCAUGGUGGAGGCCCGGCGUGCGGAGCUGCGAGCACGCCGCGAGAUCGACGGCCCAGGCAUCCCAGGCCCAGGUCUGGUGGUGCCGGUGAAUACUGGUAGCGAUGAAUCCUUGUCACCCCUGAGAAACUUAGAAAGUCUCACCUUUCCGUCUCGUGUGCUAGGUGCGUCUGACGUUUCGAUCUUCCGAUCUUCGCAGUCUCGUACCGAGGUUGCCUGCGCUUGUUUCCCGAACAUGGCUCCAGCGGCACGCGGCAGAGAACGUGGCCAGUUUGCCAAGGGCUUCCUUGCCACCCUGCUGGUUGCGGCCCUGUGGGCCGCGAGCAGUGCAGUCUCAGGUGCCGUUACCUUUGUGACUGGCGCAGUUCGGAGUACACCUGAUGCUCGCAGCCUUGUCGCUCGAGAGGGUGGUCGCGACUGGCAUGCGGGCAAUGUGAUGAAGAAGAUUGAUUUCAAGGCAGCAGCAGCGCAAGCUCAAGCGCGCAAGAAGAAGAAGGGAGAGAAGGGUGAUGGCAAGAAGGAGGUCAUCGAGCGACCCAAGCGCUUCGAGUCCAGCCCGGUCUAUUACAAGGGAGAGCAGGUCGCAACGCUCAACGGCACGAUGUCGGAGUUCAAGGUCGACAUCUGGAGUGGUGCUCACCCUGCGUGGCAGGGCAAGAAGGGCAAGGUUCUCCUGGACAACUCUGCGCUCACGAAGUUCCAGGAAAAGUUCGGAAUGGCGGCAGAUGUCUAUGGUGAGCAAGGAAUGGAGCAGGUGAAGGCAAACGAGGAGCUGAAGAAGAAGCAGGAGGAGAUGGCAGCUCAAGGUCUGAAGGUAUACUAA